AUGCCCAUCAACUGGCAGGAAAAGGCCGUCCAGGACCGCCUGCUCACCGCCGUCAUCGCCUCCAUCGACAAGAUCAACGUCGCUGAAAUCGCUCGCCUGUACGGCGGCGACAUGACCUACAACGCGGCCGAGAACUACCUGCGCAAAUUCCGCAAGGCGGCCAAGGAGAUGAACGGCCAUGUUGCUCCCACCGCGGCAUCCAGCACCGUGAAGCCCAGGGCCAAGACGUCCGGUGCUAAACCUGCCAAAACCGGUGUCCAGAGCGGCCGCGUCACCAAGAAGGCUGCCCCAAAGGCAAAAGUCAAGGCUGAGGUGUUUGAAGAUGACGUGGAUGGCCCGAAGCUUGGAGACAAUGGCAGCGACUUCGAGCAAGACAUGGAUGAGGAGGAGGAGGUUUGA